AUGGCCAGGGCGAUCCCGCCCAAGGUUGUGCCGCCUUCGGCGCAGUUCAUGGCGCGCCGACGCGCCGAAAAUGCCGCCGAAACGGGCGGUGCAACAACGGGCGGUGGCGCAACCGCCGCAGCAACGCCUUGGGUCGGGCCAGUCGGCUGCGCUUCGUUCUCGUGCCUGACGAGCGCGAAUGUCUGCUGCUACUGGCUCUCGUGCUGGCAGUACCACCUCCUCGAGGGGCGGCAGCGCUGCUGCGGCGCUUGCGAGACGUGGAGCAACUGGACGUGCGCCACGCUUCCGAAGCCAGCGAGCAUCGCGAAGCCAGCCACGCUCGAGGCACUGAGCGAGGUGGUGAAGGGCGCGGCCGCUUCAGGGCAGAGCGUGCGCGUGGUUGGCAUCUGGACCGACGGCCUACUCGUCUCGCUGGACCGCGUUUCCGACACAGACGUGACGCCGGUCAAGGUCAACGGCGAGACACACUGUGCUCGCCAUGGGUGGGGAGGGACUCGGAUGCGCGACCUCACGCGCAUGCUGUCGAGGCACGGCCUCGCCAUCGCCGCGCUCCCGUCGCACAACGCGCAGUCGCUGUGUUCCCUAUAUCCUUCAGGCUCGGCACGCGAUGUCGGGCUCGGUUUCGUCUCGGAUAGCGUGAUUGGCCUCGACAUUGUCGAUGGCGCCGGAAUGGUACACCACUGCAGCGCAGCUGACCCAGACACGCAGCACGGUUUCCGUGCCGCCAUCGGCGGCAUCGGUGCCUCGGGGAUCAUCGCCGGCGCAACUUUCCGCGUCGUCCCGGCGUUCUGCUUGCACAAGUCCGAGACGACGGCCGGGCUCCCGCAGACCCUCGCGUCGAUCGAAGACCUCGUGGCGAGCAACGAGCACACCGCGCUGCUCGUCUUCCCGUUUGCCGAUCAGUGCUUGCUGCAGACUUGGAACCGCACAGAGGAGGCGCCACGCUGCUGCAACUGCUUCGAGGUCGGGCUUGAGCUCACCAAGGAGAGCCUUCAGAACUGCGCCAUCUCGUGGCUGCUCAGCCCGCUCUCGUCUGGAGGCUGCCUCCCGGGGUGCGUCGGCCGGCUGCAGCCCAAGAUUGGCGGCUGCUUCCCGGAGCAAGUGCUCGAUUCGGCAGACGCGUUUACCCAGACGCUGUACCCGCUCCACCAGGAGCUCGAGUUUACGGUUCCACGCGCAAAGACGGCCGAGGUGACGCGCGACGCGAUCGCGCUCUACGAGAGCUUGUACCGGAGUGGGGCCGCCCGGCCCUGGAUGGCCAUUGAGGUGCGCUUCACGCCGCCAGAGCACAGGCAGUCCUACCUGUCUGCCGGGGCCGACUUUGGAGAGGAGCCGUUUGACGAUUUCCUCGCGGUGCGCGACGCAGCGGACGCGCGCGCCACAUUCUCAAACGCGCUGACCGAGCGGCUGUUCGGGCUGGCAGCCUAG